UCUGUCACAUUCUUAGUUAUGAUGAUUGUCAUUUUUCAAGAUCAAAGUAUGCCCAUUGAACUUUGGGAUGCAUCUGCCACUGCUAGAAUAAAAAAGUAAAGUAAUAGGAGGAGGUUAACUUAUUUUUAUGUAGUAGACAAGUAGCAAUAGAAGGAAAAAAUGUGGAGAUCAUCGGGUUUAAUUUUGUUAAAAAGGAGUUUAUCAUUAACUGUGAGGUAUGAGAAGAAGGAAUCAAUAUAUAAAGGGUUUAAGUUGCUAGAGAAUGUGAGUUCUUUUGCUCGUCCAGUUUCACCAGCGAGAUUUUUCUCAUCGGAAACAGCAACAACUGGGUUUUCCGGUCAAGAUAAAAACAGCUCUACAGGAGUUUCAGGAGUUGGAAAUGAAUCUGAAGAAGAAAAGGGUGGGAAAAAUGCAAAAGAUGAAAUAUCAUUUACAGAAGCAAUGAAAUUAUUGAGAUCAAUUAAUGUUGAAUCAUUGAAAAGGAUACUGGGUAUAGAAGAAGAAGAAGAAGUUAUUGAGUAUAUUGAUUUACUCAAGGCUUGUACAAGUAUAGGUAUUGCUAGAUCAUAUGAUGAAGCUGCUGCUUUGGUUCGGGUUCUUGAUGAAGCUGGUAUCAUUCUUCUUUUUAGAGAUAAAGUCCAUCUUCAUCCUGUUAAGGUUGUAGAUUUGGUGGGACGGGCAGUUCCACUUGCUUUGUCACCUGAAGAUGAUCCAAGGAGGGAUGAACUAAAGAAGCUGCAGAAAGAGAAGGAAGAUAUUGAUGUUUUAGCUCACAAACACGUACGGCGUAUACUGUGGUCAGGGCUAGGUUUCUCUAUGAUGCAAAUUGGCUUCUUUUUCCGACUCACAUAUUGGGAAUUCUCAUGGGAUGUAAUGGGACCUAUCGCAUUCUUCAGUACUGCAACUGGCUUAGUUGUGGGUUACGCUUACUUCUUAUGCACAUCGACAGAUCCAUCAUACCCGGAUUUGAGGAUGAGGCUUUUCUUAUCUAAGCAAAGGAAAUUAUACAAGAGCCGGAAUUUCAACGUAGAUCGAUUUGUGGAAUUGCAGAACCACUUCCCAAGUUCGAAAAAAGAUGCAACUAGAAAAUGAUGGAAAACGUUUCACAUGGAACAACCUCAUAGUCUUUACCUAAUAGUCGAUUUCUCUAAUCUUCCCUGGUAAGAUUGAAAGACGGCAGUUUCGGAGUCUAACCAUGGGUUUCAGUUGAGUAACCCUUUGGGCAGACAACGUUAACGGAUCUGUAGUAGAAAUGUGUUGUUUUAGCUUGGUUCAUAGUAAAUUGGCUCUCCAUUGUGAUGAUCCCGAUUUGUCCAAGUGCCAAACAUUUUGUCCAUUCGUUUGACCAUGGUUUAUUCCCGAUCUCCUGCUCUGAUUCCAUUAUCCAGCAGUUAAUGUCGGUGUGGUAUGUACAAAAUAUUUUUGGUCUAUUUGCUUAAAGGUGUUAAAUUUAUGCUA